AAGGUGAAGAGAUCGAUGUGGUGACAGUGGAUAAGAGACAAUCGCUCAGCCUGAGGAAACCAGUGACCAUCACACUUCGUGCUGACCCCUUGGACCCCUGCAUGAAACGCUUCCACAUCUCUGUCCACCAGCAGCAGCACAACUACGCCGCGCGCUCACCGCCGGACGCCUGUCCCCCACCAGAGCCACCUCAGCAGGAUCAGGAGGAGGAGGAGACCCCACACAUGGUGGAGCCAGCCCCUGCCAUCACCCUGCCUGAGCCUGGCUUGCCAAAAGCUGGCAGCAGCCCUGGCUCUGACAGCGAGGACGUGGCCAAGAGGAAAAACCACAACUAUCUGGAGCGCAAGCGGCGUAAUGACCUGCGCUCGCGUUUCCUGGCCCUGCGGGACCAGGUGCCUGGGCUCGCCAGCUGCCCCAAGACACCCAAAGUGGUGAUCCUGAGCAAAUCCUCCGAGUACCUGCCCGAGAAACGGCAGCUGCAGCUGCGCCAGACCCAGCUGCUCAAACGGAUUGCUCACCUCAAGGGGCACUAG